GCUCUAAUAACACUCAUAGCGCUGCGGUGAAGAAGCCUGCAUGUACGGUUGGAUAAUCAACAGUGUAAUGUACAUAUGACCUUUUAUAAACUAUAAUAUCAGAUCGUUUCGUCUCUUUCAUGAGCUAUGGUUUUUGGGCUGGUGCACUAACACUGCGUUGAUGUGUUCAAAGAGGACGCACUUAUCGCUGUAUCAUAUCUAGAGUUGACUGUCAGAUUGUGAAGUUAUGGCACAUUCAGCACAUGUAUCAGCGGUUCGGUCGUUGUAUAAGAGAAUCCUGUUACUGCACCGCUUCCUGCCCAUAGACCUGCGGGCUCUGGGUGAUCAGUAUGUGAAAGAUGAAUUCAGAAGAAACAAGACUGCAUCACGGAAAGAGGAAGUCACACGCUUCAUGACAGAAUGGCAGAACUACAAAGACACCCUACAGACACAGGUGCUGGAAACGAUGGGAAGCAAGAAGUUGGUAUUUGGUGCUGAUUUACCGGAAGAGAAACUCAAAGACUUUCAAGACGAGCAGAUCGGGCAGCUUUACGAGCUUAUGCUUGAGUCCACAAAAACCAACCGGCAGUUUGAUAUUCAAGAGGAGGGAACUCCAAAGUAACACCACCCGAAGGGGUAGCCAGCCCGACGGGACAUAGUUUGACUUAUAAAAUACUUUUCUUCAUAGCCAAGACUGAUGAUUACAUUAAAAUGCUACAAAGAGUC